GCGGAGCGAUGGCGGCGGCGGCCGCGGGCCCCUUCAGCCUCAGGGAGGUUCUGGACGCCUUCCGGAGGUGCGUGACGGAGCAGCGGGAGGUGCUGCUGGAGCCCUACCUGAGCGGCUGGCGGGGGCUCAUCCGCUUCCUGCAGAGCCUGGGCGCCGUCUUCUCCUUCAUCUCCAGGGACGCGGUGGCCAAGGUGUCUCUGCUGGAGGCUCACCGCCAGCAGCACCGCUUCGUGUCGCUGCAGUCGCUGGUGCAGCACGAGCUGGCGGCGGGGCCGGCGGCGCUGCGGGCCCGGCCCGACUCCGGCUGCCGCACGGUGCUGCGGCUGCACCGCGCCCUGCGCUGGCUGCAGCUCUUCCUCGAGGGGCUGCGCUCCGGAGAGCCGCGCACCUCCGUGCUCUGCACCGACGCCUACAACGCCUCGCUGGCCCAGCACCACCCCUGGGUGGUCCGCAAGGCGGCCACCGUGGCGUUCUGCGCGCUGCCCUCCCGCGACGCCUUCCUGGAGAUCAUGAACGUGGGCUCGCCCGAGGAGGCCGUGGCCAUGCUGGGCGAGGCCAUCCCCUACAUCGGAGACGUGUACGGCAUCACCCAGGAGCUCUUCGCCGAGCACAAGCUGCUCGACCUGCCCUGACUGCUGAAAACAACAUUUUUGCACGAGUUUCUGCUUCUCUGUCCGUGGUUAUUUCCACUUUGCCGCCCGGAGCUGAGGAGUUGGCAAACCUAUUCCAUGUUAUAAAUGUGGACCGGUUCUUUUUUCCAUCUGUCAGUUUUUUUUUACAGCAUCACCCAGGAGCUCUUUAUGCAGCACAAGCUGCUCGACCUGCCCUGACUGCUGAAAACGACAUUUUUGCACAAGUUUCUGCUUCUCUGUCCGUGGUUAUUUCCACUUUUUCUUUGCCGCCCCAAGCUGAGGAGUUGGCCAAACUAUUCCAUGUUAUAAAUGUGGACCGGUUCUUUUUUAACAUCUGUCAGUUCUUUUCUUACAUCUCUACAGUUAGAAAAAGAAUUCCACAUUAGGUUGAGCUGCUAAGGGAUUGAUUUUUUUUUUUAUUCCCAUUUUUCAGCAUCAGCCAGGAGCUCUUUAUGCAGCACAAGCUGCUCGACCUACCCUGACUGCUGAAAACGACAUUUUUGCACGAGUUUCUGCUUCUCUGUCCAUGGUUAUUUCCACUUUUGCAGCCCAGAGCUGAGGAGUUGGCAAAACUAUUCCAUGUUAUAAAUGUGGACCGGUUCUUUUUUAGCAUCUGUCAGUUCUUUUCUUACAUCUCUACAGUUAGAAAAGGAAUUCUACAUCAGGUUGAGCUGCUAAGGGAUUGAUUUUUUUUUAUUCCCAGUUUUCAGCAUCAGCCAGGAGCUCUUGUGCAGCACAAGCUGCUUGACUGCCCUGAUGGGUGAAAAUAACAUUUUUGCACAAGCACAAGCCUCUGGUUCUCUGUCCAUUUAUUAUUUGGUUAUUUCCACUUUUUCUUUCCAGCCUGGAGCUGAGGAGUUGGCCAAGUUAUUCCACUUUAUAAAUGUAGAAUAGGUUGGGUUUUUUUUACACAUUUUUUCUUUUUUUUUACAUCUGUCAGUUCUUUUUUUUUACAUCUCUACAGUUAGGAAAAAAGUUCCACAUUAGGAUGAGCUGUGUAGAGCUCUACAGGUAGAAAAAAAAAAAAAACCUCCACAUUAGGAUGAGCUGCUAAGAGAUUUAUUUUUUUUUAUUCCCAGCAAGGCUGGAAGAGGUUUUCCUUUUCAAGCCCAGCUCUGUGCAUUUACAGCAAUAUUUGGCAGCACAAACUGGAGCUCUCCUACACCCCGUGGCAGCUCACCUGGCCACUUUGGCUUAGACAAAAAAAUCCCACCUGGGGGCUUCACCUGCAGCAUUUAAUGCUGAGUAAUGCCCUGGGGAAAUGAAAUUUCCCUGUCCUUGUGGGAGCUGAAGGAAAUGGGGGUGGAUGGAAGAGAAGAGUGUUCCUGGAGCAGGGAUCCACCCAGCAGCACCUUCCCUCCGUGUCCCUUCCCUGUUAAAUCCGUGAUUUUUGCACAAAAUUUCAUUUAUGCUGCACAAUCCCCUCUGUCCAGCCCAGCCUGGAGCUGUUUUACUUCCGAGUUGUGUUCUUGUGUGUGUAAUUUUUAUUUUUAUCAGUGUGUUAAAUGCCUACAAAAAAGGAUUUUCCUGCCUCUCUGAGGGGGGAAUCCACACUUGUACUGUAAAUCACAGCUUUGUGAGGCUUCUGCCUUCUCCUGGAAGAGCCAAGGGAUGUCAGAGGGGAUUUACUGGGGGAACUCACUGGGUUUACAUUUUGGGGAGCUGGAAAAGCACUGCAGGGUCAGCCCAGGACUGCAGGGACACCUGGGGGAAUCCUGCAGGCUGCUCAUCUCUUUUUGGCCUGAUGUAACGCUGAAAAAUUCAGGAAAUCACUAUUACCUCACGGGGACUGGACUCAGUGGACAUUAAAUGAUGUGAAAAAUG